GAGAUCACUGUCCUGUACACAUUCAUCUGAUUGCAGGAGCGCUCAGGCAAAAACAGCUUGAAGAAAGAUGCGUUAAAGAGUUUAUUCUCUUAACAGAGAUACAAGUAGUUUAUUUCUGAAGAAUGGCGCUGAGUGACCUCCUUUAUCCAGAUAACCCGAAGAGACGACAAGAAUUGAUCCAUCUGCACCAGGAAUUGCUCGACUGCAUGUCCAUGAAUUUCCACGCAACAAAUGAGCUGGCUGGAGUUCUGAACGCACACCUGGGAUGUACUAUUAGCCACAUCAAGAUGAGAGAGAGCAGCACUGUCAAGGAAAACUGUGACAUUAUCAUUCAAGCGAUGAGUGAGAUUCAGCGUCAGGUACAGAAGAUUGAUAGUGACAUGAAGGAGAAGCUAGAGCCUGUGCUAUACCAGAAGCUGUAUGACAUCAAAGAACCUGAGCUGGAGAAAAUUGCAAUAGCCCAUAGAGUUUUUUCCAUCAUUCUUGGAGAAGCAACUUCAACAGCUGGGAUGGUAGCUAUCAAACUAAUUGGCUCCAACCUUAUAACUCUCACUGUUAGCAAACUCGUCAGCCUCCUUGCACAGAUCGGGGCAUCCGUUCUUGGGGGAAUCAGCAUCACCAUUCUUGGGCUCGGCAUUGAAAUGAUCCUCCAUGCCAUUCUGGGAGCUGUGGAGAGGAAUCAGCUUCUGGCUGCUGUGAGAAGCUAUGAGGAGCACCUGGCUGAGUUUAAAGAAGCCUCAGAAAAAUACCAGCGUGCCAUACAUGAAGUGACUUCUUCGGUCAGACACCAGGUUCAGUGAAUGAAGUCGAUGUUCUUUUUCCUGCUGUGACAACAACUGCAACAGCUACUUCUGCAGAUUUUUUUUUUUGUUUCAUUAUGGUAGAUGAAAUUUGGAUUUUAUUUUUUUUUCUUAUUAGUGGCAGCAGAGCAAAAGACGUGUCAGAUCAGAGAACUGGCACAGAAAUAUGUUAAUAGUGAACUGGCUUAAAGGUGCUUCUGGGAAGCAACAGUUUAAAUACUUGGCACCUUUUCAGCUGUUUUCCAGAAUGCCUUGUAGAUAACCUUGAAAUGUUAUUAGUAGUGGUGACAAUAAUAUUCACUGCUGGAACAGUAGUGGAGAGAAGGUGUGAUUUUUCUCUUACUGAGUUUCUUUGUCAAAAUGACAUCAUGAUGGGAGAAAAUUAUUUCAACAAAGCAUUCCAUAUCAUCAUCUAGCUGGUUCAUCAGAACAGGUGUAGUUGCUAAACUCUCUUAGUGUGGAUUUGUUCUAAAUCUGAUAGGCUCAAUUCCCUGUUCAUAGAAGCGAUUACAAGGACUAGCUGAAGCACUUUUAUCUGCUAUUUCCUGUCCCAUUCCUGCCUGAGGAGCCAGCCAGAGAUCUGUAAAUAAAAUCUAAUGCCAGCAGAUUAACAGAUAAGAAAAUCAUGGGCCUACAGCCAAACACACACAACCUUGCCCCACAGUUGAGGGAAACCAGCUGUAGAGCAGCAGGCAUGUCUGACUGUGAGUGACCACUCAUGCUCAGUAUUGCCCUGCUCCUGCUCAUCCACGGGUGAACAUUUCUGUGCACAGCUGCUGCUCUGUUUCUUGACAUGACACUAUGCACUUAAACAAGGGUUUGUAGCAUUACAGCCCUAUUAAUGUGCUGAAUUUAUUUUCAAGUUCUUUACAAGCCACCAAUACGGGACUGCCAAGAACAUGCACAGAUUCUUCAUUUCACAAUGUGCUACCAAAUGUCCUUAUUUUGCAGAUUUUAAAAAC